AUGGCCACCCUAACUCUCGUAAAACACUCGUUGCUCCCUGGGCGACUCCGGCCCCCCACCUCCCGGGCAGUGUUUGCCCUCGACGGCCCGCCCUGCCCCUGCGAUUACCUGUGCAGGAACUCGAGAGCCGCGUGGCCAGGGCCGGUCCCCGCGCGGGCUGCAGGGCUGGGUCACGCGUGCGGCGGGCGGGGCAGCAGGCUCAGCGCGCCCGGGCGCUGCUCCCCGCGGGGCCGCCCCGCCCCGCCCGGGGGCUGCUCCCCACGGCCCGCGACCCCGGCCGGAGCGCGGCUCCCCCGCCGUCAGGCCCGGGAUCCGGCCGGGAGAGGCGCGGGGCUGUCCCUCAGCAUCCACAGGCACCCGGCCGCAGGAAGGAGGCGGCGGCGGCGGCUGGAAAAUUCGGGGGAACCCGCCCCUUGGGGCUGGGGCCGGCGCGAGCUGCGCGGAGGGACCCCUCCCUCUCGGCCCCGCUGUGAUCGCGGCGGCGGCGCGGCUAGGGGCGCACCCGGGGCCCUUCCCGGCGGGGGCGCGGGCCGAGGCCGGGGAAGCCCGCCAGCAUCCUCUGGCCCGCCAGCCCGAGCGCCGAGCCGAGCCGAGUCCGGGCGCGGCGCACGGCACAGUGAGUCCCCGCGCGGCGCUGGCGGCUGCGGCUCCGGGGCCACGCGCGCUCCGGGCCCCCGGAGGCGGGCGGCGCUCCUCCCUCCCGGCAGUCACCGCCCUCUCGGCGAGCGCGUCUCGGAGUUGUGGGUGGGGGGAGUGCCCCGCUCCAGACCCGGGACCCGCGGGGGAAGGCGGAGAAGGCGAGCAGCGCGGGGGCGAGAGUUGGAUGGGCUCCAGGGGCCCCAAGCUCCAGCACUGGGCGGCGACUGCAGCGUGGAAGCGCAGAGACCUAUGCAGACAGCACACAGUAGAUGCUCAGCCAGGUCAGCCAUCAGGAAAGACCAGAGGAGCCACCCAGCCUGUGCCCUCAGAACACCUUCCAGCUCUGCCAGGACACCAGGUCCACGAACAAGACAGACCCUCAGCUGUGCGCAUUCAGAGGGGACAGGAAAAGAGUGCAAGAAAAUGGAGACACGGCAGUGAUGUCUGGGGCUCAGACCUCCAAAUCUGGAGUUUGUUUUCUCUCCAUCUGCAGGGGUGCUGGAGAUGCCCGAGGUCCACACUGUUGCUUGAACCACCCUGCUGCUCCCCCUCCUUCAGCCACAC